UCCGCACCGCCUUCCCUGGCUCCGCACCGCCCGCAGGAAGGCGCAGCGGGGUAGGGACGGGAGGAAGGAGCGGAGCCUCCCCCGGGCUGGGCAGCGCAGCUCCGGCCCGUGCCAUGUCGGAGACGGAGAGCGGAGCUGCAGAUGCAGUUUCCACAUCUGCUUACUCAUCACCAGCCAAAAGUUUGGGAGACCCUGGAAUAACUCCACUGUCUCCUUCACAUAUUGUGAAGGAUUCUGAUGCAGAUGAUGCUGUAGAACAGUUAUUUCUUGUUGUUGUGGCUAUUGAUUUUGGCACAACAUCCAGUGGCUACGCCUACAGCUUCACCAAGGAACCAGAAUGUAUUCAUGUAAUGAGACGAUGGGAAGGUGGAGAUCCAGGUGUAUCCAACCAGAAGACACCGACCACUAUCCUCCUAACUCCAGAAAGAAAGUUUCAUAGUUUUGGCUAUGCAGCAAGAGAUUUCUACCAUGACUUGGAUCCCACUGAAUCGAAGCACUGGUUGUAUUUUGAAAAGUUUAAGAUGAAACUACAUACCACUGGUAAUCUUACCAUGGAGACAGACCUGACAGCUGCAAAUGGCAAAAAAGUCAAAGCACUUGAGAUAUUUGCUUAUGCUCUGCAAUUCUUUAAGGAACAGGCAUUAAAGGAGCUCAGUGACCAAGGAGGCUCGGACUUUGAAAACACUGAAGUAAGAUGGGUUAUUACAGUUCCUGCUAUUUGGAAACAGCCUGCAAAGCAGUUUAUGAGACAAGCUGCCUACAAGGCAGGAAUGGCAUCUCCUGAAAAUCCCGAGCAGUUGAUCAUUGCCCUGGAACCUGAGGCUGCCUCUAUCUACUGCCGAAAGCUCCGCCUGCACCAGAUGAUAGACCUGAGCAGUAGGGCGCCUGUCAAUGGCUACAGCCCGAGUGACACUAUUGGAACUGGAUUUACACAGGCUAAGGAACACGUGCGUCAUAAACGACAGAGCCGUACCUUUAUGGUGGAAAAUGUCAUAGGAGAGAUCUGGUCCGAACUGGAGGAAGGGGACCGUUACAUCGUCGUUGACAGUGGAGGAGGCACAGUGGAUAUGACUGUCCAUCAGAUCAGGCUCCCUGAAGGACAUCUGAAGGAGCUGUACAAAGCAACAGGUGGGCCAUAUGGUUCUCUAGGUGUGGACUAUGAAUUUGAAAAGCUCCUGUGUAAAAUAUUUGGAGAAGAUUUUAUUGAGCAGUUUAAAAUCAAGCGUCCUGCAGCCUGGGUGGAUCUGAUGAUAGCAUUUGAGUCCCGUAAACGGGCAGCAGCUCCAGACAGGACCAACCCACUAAACAUCACUCUGCCCUUCUCCUUCAUUGACUAUUACAAGAAGUUUCGAGGCCACAGCGUAGAACACGCCUUGAGGAAAAGCAACGUGGACUUUGUGAAGUGGUCUUCCCAGGGAAUGCUGAGGAUGAGCCCAGAUGCAAUGAAUGCUCUUUUCAAACCUACAAUUGACCAGAUUGUUCAGCACCUCAGUGAAGUGUUCGACAAGCCAGAAGUGACCAACGUCAAAUUUCUGUUCCUGGUGGGUGGCUUUGCCGAAUCCCCCUUGCUCCAACAAGCUGUGCAGAGCGCUUUUGGUUCAAGAUGUCGAGUCAUCAUUCCUCAGGAUGUGGGUCUCACCAUCCUCAAAGGAGCUGUUCUCUUUGGCCUAGACCCUGCGGUCAUCAAAGUGCGGCGUUCGCCGCUCACCUAUGGCGUUGGUGUGCUCAACCGGUUCGUGGAAGGGAAGCACCCACCGGAGAAGCUUCUAGUCAAAGAUGGCACACGCUGGUGCACUGAUGUCUUUGACAAAUUUAUCUCAGCCGACCAAUCUGUAGCGCUUGGGGAAACUGUGACACGCAGUUACACACCUGCCAAACCUUCCCAGCUGGUAAUAGUGAUCAAUAUCUAUAGCUCAGAACAAGACAACGUUAGCUUCAUCACGGAAUCUGGGGUGAAGAAGUGUGGCACCCUUCGCCUGGAUCUCACGGGAACUGACGCUUCAGUGCCAAACCGGCGGGAGAUCAAAACACUGAUGCAGUUUGGGGACACUGAAAUCAAAGCCAUGGCCAUUGAUGUUGCGACCUCUAAAAGUGUCAAAGUUGGUAUUGAUUUCUUAAACUACUGAUGGUCCUUUUCCCCACCACGGCCUGUUUGUGAGACUGAUCUUCCAGUAUUCCAUUUUUUGACUUUCAUAUAUCAUGUAGUCAAGUUGAAUUUCAGCAGGCUAUAUGAGAACAGCUAGUAGUAAGGUGGGGUAAUGUCGUGUUUGUGCCCUUUGAUGACCAAAGGCUGCAUUUUCAAAGACCCUUACAAAGUUUUGGGAGCUAAAGUCCAGGAGUAGUAGAAGUUCCCAAAUUACUCAAGCAUGCUAAAGAUCUACCUUUAUUAAGUAAACACUGAUUAUUCUUGAGUCUCAAAGGCUAGUUAAAAAUAUAUAAAAUUAUAAUCUCUUUGCCUUGUUCUUCUUCCUCUUUCUCCUCAGAAAAAGUCACUAACCCACAUGGUUGUUGUAGGGGGUGUAUUUUUGUGGGAUAUCUGUUUAAAUAGCACCAUCCUCUGGCAAUGGGAACAAAUUAGUAGUCUAUAGUAUUCUUUUGACUUUACCCAGUGCUUUUGAAAUUUAAAGUGUUGAAAAUUAAUGACUCAAAGAAAUGGGAAAAGAAAAUCCUCAGAAAUCCUUAAUAUUACAUUUCGGAAGCAUAUAUAUAUCUCAGAACCUAAUAUUGAUUGCUCCAGUUUGAAAUCAAGGCCUUUAUUGUCAAAGCUCUCAGAACAAACUGUUAGAAUCAUUAGUGAGCAUUGCCCUCAUUAUACUUCAGAAGACUAUUAAGAGCAAAGCUGUUUCCCAUUUGGGUCUUUUAAACUUAUUUUUAUUAGUUUCCAUCUGAAACCACGGAAUCACGUAACAGUUGAGGUUGAACAGGACAUCCAUUGACUGUCUGAUGCAACCUCUCAGCUCUAAGCAGUAUCAGCCAGAAUAGGUUGCUUUCUUCAGUUCUGAAUAUCUCCAGAAUGGAGAUGCCUAAACUUCAUUUGACAACCCUCACUGCAAAAAAGCUUCUUUUUUUGUUUAAAAGGAAUAUCUGGAGUCUGAAUUUGUGUACAUUGCCUCUUACACUGGAUACCUCUGAUAAGUCUGACUGCAUCUUCUUUCCUGUCUGCUGUCAGGCAUUUGUACAUGUUGCUAACAUUCCCUGAGCCUUCUUGAACCUAACAGCCCCAGCUCUCUCAGCCUCUACUCACGUGGGAGAUACCCCAGUCCCCUCAGCAUCUUCCUGGCCCUUUGCUGCUCUCAGUCCAGUAUGUCCACGUCUCUCUUGCUCUGGGAAGCACAGAACCAGACCCUGCUCUCCAGCUGUGGUCUCACCAGGGCUGAAUAAGGGGGAAUAAUCUCGUUCCUUGACCUGCUGACAGUGCUGUUCCCAGUAGGGCCCAGGAGGCUGUUGGCAUUCUUUGUUGCAAGGGCACGUUGCUCACACUCAGCCUUCGGUCUGCCAAGACCCCGAGGUCUUUUACUGCCACCAAGCUGCUUCCGAGUCCACAGCAUAUCCUGGUGUAUUGGGUUAU